GGGGCUUUCAGGUCUGAAGGGCAAUAAGCCAAGAGACAUAUACACACACACGCAUACAUGAGCGAAAUGACAGCGGACAUGGAACUGCCAGGCUUCCGAUUCCACCCCACCGAAGAAGAACUGCUCGACUUCUAUCUCAAGAACACCAUCCUUGGCAACAAGCUCCGCUUCGACAUCAUUGGCUUCCUCAACAUUUAUCACCACGAUCCCUGGGACCUGCCCGGCCUGGCCAAGGUGGGAGAAAGGGAAUGGUACUUCUUCGUGCCGAGGGACAAGAAGCACGGCAGCGGCGGCAGGCCCAACCGCACCACCCAGAAGGGCUUCUGGAAAGCCACCGGUUCCGACCGCAAAAUCAUCAGCCUGUCCGACCCCAAGCGCAUCAUCGGCCUGAGGAAGACCCUCGUUUUCUACCGAGGCAGAGCCCCCCGCGGCUCCAAGACCGACUGGGUCAUGAAUGAGUACCGCCUCCCCGACUCCUCCCACUUACCCAGGGACAUUGUCCUCUGCAAGAUAUACAGAAAGGCCACCUCCCUGAAGGUCUUGGAGCAGAGGGCUGCGCUGGAGGAGGAGAUGAAGCUACUCCCCAGCGCCUCCUCCCCCUGCACCUCCCUGGACCAACACUCACAGCCCACCCUCAAGCAAGAAUCGCCUGACCAUGAAUUGUUUCAACCCCUACGAACCAGUGACAAGAUUCCCGACCUCCAGCUCCCCCUCGUUUCCAUGGACUGGAACCAAGACCCCUUCUGUGCUCAGCUUAACAGUCAUUGGCUCUCCUCUCUCUCCCCCACCCUCUUAAACUUCUAAUUCCUUUCUGUUCCGUCCUUAAUUGCCUGUACAUAUAUAUUAUCAUUUGUUACUCUUGCUCCCCGGCCCCCUCCCUCCCCUCAUCCCCCGUUUUUAACAUUCCCUCCAACAACCGCCGGCCCUCUGUUUUUCUUACUUGUUUCUCCUGUGAACUUUUCUCUCUUCUCAGAAGUAUCAGGGAGCAAAAGAGUCACCACCAUGGAAUCCCUGUCACUAUUACUAGUGCGUAAAUUAGUCUUAAUUUUAACCUUGCUGUUUUGUUUACUUUGUUAAAAAGAAAAACAAAGAAAAAGAAAACGUGCAAUCAAUUCAUUGAUGCCUUUUUCCUGGAGUGUUCAGCCGUUCGUAUGCUUGCUAUCAGAUUUACGUGAUAUGGGCUUUUCAUGUAAUUUAAACUAUCGGAAAUAUACAUCUAGAAUCUUCAAAU